AUGCUUUUAUUACAACCACGCCGUCGUAGACUUAUGUCAACUGCAACUGGGCCAGAAAUGUCUGGAGGGGCACAUUCAAAUAAAGCCUUUCAUUUUGAUGAAUUUUAUAGAGAUAAGGCCCCUGUAGUUUCUGAUGAUGAUGAUGAGAAUAAUAAUAAUAUUGUUCCAGUAUAUAAUCACAAUCCAAGUAGAAGAAUGAGAAAUUCAACAAAAUCAACAAUUUCAAAUUCUGAUAUUCCCGUUCAAAAUUUUCUUUGGGGUGCUAGUCAACUAAAGGAUGAAAUUAAUGAAAAUAAAGAUCAACAACCAAAACAAAACGAAGGAAAACAAAAAACAGAAUUUUCAGAAAAUUCAAAUCCAAAUUUAAAUAUUAAACAUUCAUCCCCACCAAUAUCCCCAACAAAAUCCCCUUCAUUACCUCCAUUAUCUACACAACAAAUAAAUAACGAAAAUAACGGCAAUUGUUUAACUCAAUUGCCAGCAAUUCAAGAAGAAGAAAGUUGUGGAGGGGAAGGAAUUAAUAGUCAAAGUAGUUUGUCUAUAGAUUCUGUAUCCAGUACAAAUUCGAGUUCAUUAGUACAAAUUGAAGAACUUAAGAAAAAUUCUUCUGGUAAUGAAGAAAGUAAAAAUUAA